AUGGAUUACUCGUAUCUCACGCUUUGCGUAUUCAACGCGUACUUGUCUUACACCGCCACCAUGCUGAACAUUGUAGCAAUCUACGUGAUCAGAAAGACUUCGUCUUUGCCAAAAAAUUUAAAAACAUUGCUUUUGAGUCUGGCUGUUUCUGAUGUCGGUGUUGGUUUACUAGUUCAGCCAAUGCACGUUGCUUAUAUUAUGGACUCUAAACAAAACAAUGCAACCAAUGAAACUUAUAAUGUCAUAUAUGUCGCGUUUCUUAUUCCGGCGAAUUUGUUCAUUUUUGCGUCAUUGUUUAGCGUCACGGCUCUCUGUGCAGACAGAUUUUUGGCAAUUUACCUCCACCUCAGAUACCAGGAACUUGUGACAUACAAGCGCGUUGCUGCUGUAGUGGUCUCAAUUUGGGUGAUAAGCUCACUUAUUUCACUGACCAGGUUUUUCAUCCCGAAAAACAUUAUGUACGUGGGUUUCGUCAUUAUUGACGCUGCCUGUAUUAUAACUGCAACUUCUUUGAGCGUCAAACUCCAUCUAACUCUAAGACGACACAUAAACGAAAUUCAAGUCCCGCAAGUAGCGCAGAAUGACCAAGGAGAAAGUGUUCAAAGAAAAAGGAAAUCUGCGAUGGCAUCGCUUUACUUGUAUCUGGUUUUCAUAGUUUGCUAUUUGCCUAAUAUUUGUGUGUUAAUUAUUAUCGCUACCAAUUCCAAACAAAGGAUCGAUGUAAACCAUUCGCAGUUUUAUACACUGACCCUAGUGUUUCUUAAUUCAACCCUUAAUCCACUGAUCUACUGUUGGAAGAUGAAAUGCAUCCAGCACACUACUGUAGGCAUACUUCGACACAUUUUUUCAAGUCCCACCUAGAGAAAACUCCACCAUAGACUAUGACGAACUGAGGACUAAGAAAGCCUUUUAAGGCCAACCUCAUACGGUCCUUAUACGGUCUGUAACUAAACGAAGUCAUGCCACUGAAAUGCUUCGCGAAUUUCCUUCAUGUCAUUUCCAUAUAUCACAAUCCACGCUGUCAUCAUUCAGUUUUUAAACGUCCUUAUGCAAAGUUUUAGUUUAAAAAAAAUUCAUUACUUUUGUAAAAUGAACCUUUAAAAGAGCGAUUGACGCACUUCACAGUGUCUUAUUGAUGCAAAACGAGCUAAAUGCCUUAAGUUUCUACUUCAUGUAACCUUUCCACUGUGUUAAAACCUAACAACGUUUAAAUCGUCAUGCAGCAAAGGUUUCGUUGAAAUAGACCUUAACUGAGAUGAUAUAGUUAUGUCAUUAUUGCAUUUUAAAUGUUGGUGAAGCUAAGCAAAAUAACACACUGAUACUUAACGUUAACAUGUAACAGGUUUCACAUGAACCCUUUUCUCAUUGAAAAGCGUAAGUGGAAUUCCUACCCCAAUAAAACAUUUAAAACAUUUAAAGUGUACGAGAUUAUUCUUAAUAAAAGGUGGGGAAAAGUAUGAUUAAAAAACUUCCCUGAAACUGUUCUCGUUUAGUACCCUUAAGAUUUUAUGGUUUAACUGUUUUCGACUCAAAAAAAAAACAUAUGUAUUGUCCUAUCCGUUUUGGUAUUUUGUAUUGUUCUGCAGUGUUUUUUAUUAUUAUUUUGAUUUCAGUAAACAACAUUUCACCAAGGAUAAUAAUGAAAAGAAAAAGCCAACGGCCGUAGAAACGAAACCACCCUUUACCUCCAUCUGAAGAGAUGCUGAAAAUUUCCCCAGAAACGAGAACAUCAAACUUCAACUAGCCUGCGAGCAAGCUCUCUAUUUUGGGCGAGUCGCGAGAAGUCACGCGAGAGCAGCACNUGAGAUGAUAUAGUUAUGUCAUUAUUGCAUUUUAAAUGUUGGUGAAGCUAAGCAAAAUAACACACUGAUACUUAACGUUAACAUGUAACAGGUUUCACAUGAACCCUUUUCUCAUUGAAAAGCGUAAGUGGAAUUCCUACCCCAAUAAAACAUUUAAAACAUUUAAAGUGUACGAGAUUAUUCUUAAUAAAAGGUGGGGAAAAGUAUGAUUAAAAAACUUCCCUGAAACUGUUCUCGUUUAGUACCCUUAAGAUUUUAUGGUUUAACUGUUUUCGACUCAAAAAAAAAACAUAUGUAUUGUCCUAUCCGUUUUGGUAUUUUGUAUUGUUCUGCAGUGUUUUUUAUUAUUAUUUUGAUUUCAGUAAACAACAUUUCACCAAGGAUAAUAAUGAAAAGAAAAAGCCAACGGCCGUAGAAACGAAACCACCCUUUACCUCCAUCUGAAGAGAUGCUGAAAAUUUCCCCAGAAACGAGAACAUCAAACUUCAACUAGCCUGCGAGCAAGCUCUCUAUUUUGGGCGAGUCGCGAGAAGUCACGCGAGAGCAGCACGCGUAAGGUGACGAAAGCGCGAGGGGCGGGGUGAGAGGCGCGUUCUCUCGCGACUCGCUUUGCUCGAAAUAAAUGGAGAGCUUUCUAGCAGGCUAAACUUUAACAGCUGUUUUACGUGCUAUUCAUUUUCAUGACAUUUUUGUUCGAU